UAGAAGUUAUAUGAGCGCGAGCGGCGGGAUCUCGUUCCUUUUUUACCGCCAUCCAAGCGGAGCCUUUUUCUUAUCAUAGUCAUUGUGUAAUACAACGGAUCUAAGUACCGUUGCUAAUCUCCGGAAUUCCUGGUUUCAAGAUGGCAGACAUUGACAAUAAAGAUCAGGCUGAAGAUGCCCAAGAAAUGGAAGACGUUGAAGAGGUAGAAGAGGAAGAAACUGGUGAUGACACGAACAGUAAAGCUCGACAGCUUACAGCACAGAUGAUGCAGAACCCACAAAUUCUUGCAGCACUUCAGGAAAGGCUAGACGGCCUAGUAGGAAAUACCACGGGUUAUAUAGAGAGUUUGCCUAAAGUGGUGAAGAGACGCAUCAAUGCCCUCAAGAACCUCCAGGUUAAAUGCGCACAGAUAGAAGCAAAAUUCUAUGAAGAAGUUCAUGAAUUGGAAAGGAAAUAUGCUGCCCAGUAUCAACCGCUCUUUGACAAGAGAAAUGAAAUAAUCAAUGCCAUCUAUGAACCCACGGAUCCAGAGUGUGAAUGGAAAGUGGAUGAAGAGGAACAGUUAUCAGAGGAAAUGAAAGAAAAAGCAAAAGUUGAAGAUGAGAAAAAAGAUGAAGAGAAGGAGGAUCCUAAAGGAGUUCCGGAGUUCUGGUUGACAGUCUUCAAAAAUGUUGACUUGUUAAGUGAUAUGGUCCAGGAACACGAUGAACCUAUACUGAAGCACUUAAAAGAUAUUAAAGUGAAAUUUUCAGAUGCUGGGCAGCCCAUGGUAAGCCUUAUUUUGCUUUUUAAAUUUGAACUGGAUGAUGAAGCUGAAGCAAUCCUUGCUGCAGACUUUGAAAUUGGGCACUUUUUGCGUGAGCGCAUAGUUCCACGAGCAGUUUUGUACUUCACAGGAGAAGCUAUUGAAGACGACGACGAUGACUAUGAUGAAGAAGGCGAGGAGGCUGAUGAUGAGGAAGGAGAAGAAGAAGCAGAUGAAGAAAACGAUCCAGAAUAUGAUCCCAAGAAGGACCAGAACCCACCAGCAGAGUGCAAGCAGCAGUGAAGCCUGCAUUAUGUGGCCUUUGAGGAUUAACUGCACAGUAAAGGUGUAUUACACAACUGCUAGUUAAUUAAGCCUUAUGUUUUGUAUUUUCUUGAUAGAAAAACAAUACCGUAACUUUUGUUGAAGACCAUCAAACUUUCGAGGACCAACUCGGUGCAUUUUGGUCUGUCUAGUAUUUUAAUAGUAUAAUCUUCCGCAAGACACCUGUAGAAUGCAGUCCCAAAAGCAUGGAUUUGUUCACUCACUGCUAAGUAGUUGGGUACUUGUGAAGUCGUCGUAUAGCUGUUAGACAAGCUAUAAAAUCAUGGAAAGGAAUUGAGACCAAUAUUUGUUAACCAACCAAAGUAUUUUUCUUCAGCCUGAUAGCAACGAAUGAAUGAUAAGUCUGUGCUUGCACUAGCUGUGCCUUCAUUACUAUGUAAUAGAAAUGCAGUGCUGCAGUGACUUGUACCAAGUAGAAGAAUCAUGUGGAUCCUAAAGAAGGAAGCACACAGUUAAACCUCCAGCAAGACCAUGUAUAAUGUUCAUACACUGUUGCUUGUUUGUUAUUGGAUUAAUGUUAUGUGAAACUUGUGCUCAUGAAACUUCAGUCAUCAGAUGAAGGUUACUGUGUAUCGCUGGGGUGUGAAUAAAAGUUAGUAUUUUCAGAAAUGAA